CGGGGCCCGUGACCAUGGGCAUCGCCGAGUCCACGCCGGACGAGCUGCCGUCGGACGCCGAGGAGCAGCUGCGCAGCGGCGAGCAGCAGCUGGAGCUGAGCGGGCGGCGGCUGCGGCGGCUGCCCAGCGCCGUGUGCUCGCUGAGCCGCCUGCAGAAGCUGUACGUGAGCGGCACGGGGCUGCGGGAGCUGCCGGAGGAGAUCGAGGAACUGCGCGAGCUGCGCAUCCUGGCGCUCGACUUCAACAAGCUGGAGCGCCUGCCCGACGGCCUGUGUCGCCUGCCGCGCCUCACGCGCCUCUACCUGGGCGGCAACCGCCUGCUGGCGCUGCCCGCCGACUUCGCGCAGCUGCAGAGCCUGCGCUGCCUCUGGAUCGAGGGCAACUACCUGCGGCGCUUCCCGCGGCCGCUGCUGCGCCUAGUGGCGCUGCAGUCGCUGCAGAUGGGCGACAACCGGCUGCGCGCGCUGCCCGCCGAGCUGCCACGCAUGACGGGCCUGCGCGGCCUCUGGCUCUACGGCAACCGCUUCGAGGAGUUCCCGCCCGCGCUCCUGCGCAUGGGCCGCCUGCACAUCCUCGACCUGGACCGCAACCGUCUGGGCGGCUUUCCGGACCUACACCCGCUGCGUGCGCUGCGCGUCUUCUCCUACGACCACAACCCGGUCACAGGGCCCCCGCGCGUCGCCGACACCGUCUUCCUGGUGGGCGAGGGCGCCGUCGAGCGCAUGGCCGAGCGCGACGAGCCCACGCCUCGGCAGCCACCCCGGCGCCCCGCGCGGGCCUUUGAGGACGAGGAGGAAGAAGACCUGCUCAUAGGGGGCGCCAGCUCCCGGGCCCUGGAAGCCUCGGCGCGGGGACUGGGCACUUGAGCCAUCGACGUCCUGGGCCAUCGAUGGGCUUGGCCACCGCCGCCCUGGGAGGCGAGCCUCUGGGACGGAGGUGGUGGCUGCCCUGGCAGUCUCCUUGGGGUAGCCACGGGGUCGGGGGGCCGUUUUGAGGGAGACAUAGGCGCAGGUAGUUCUGGGGACCAUCUUCAGAUGCCUCGGGCUCCCUGGCCCAUUUCUGGACAGCCGCCAGGACAAGUAGUAUGCCCUCCAGUCGGCGAUGGAGCCACUGGCACACAGCAGAGGGCCAGUCCGCUCUGGAGGCAGGGUCACGGGGGUCCCUGAAAUCCUCGCCUUGCCUCACCCUGCGUCUGGACGCCACCCUGACAUUGGAUCUCCAGCGCCCACCCUUCCUGGUGCAGGGACUGCUACCUCCUAGAGGGGAGCCAUGUGCCUGUGUGAGACAGAACCACUCCAGGGUGGGAGCUGGCCGGGCGGUGGAGAGGCAGCUUGGAGUAGGGGCCUGUGUCCAAGACACAGGAGGGCAACUGGGG